AGUUAGUUAAAUUUGUUCAUCAAGUGUGAGAACAUUAAAUUCUAUUUUGAUUCUGUUAGAUCAAGUUUUUCAGUUUUUACUGUGAUUGUUUAAAUUAAUAAUUAAUUUUAUUUGGAAUUAUAUUAUUAGCACAAAUAUGGUUAAUGAUCAGGGAAACACAGCUAAUGGUAACGAUAUACCAACAUGGAUUAAGGUUUCCCUAUUCGAAAAGGUUUUUAAAGAAAUUGAACCUCAAUUUCAUCAAACAAAAGAUUUUAAAGUUAAAAGAGCUUUGAGUGCUGGUGAAAAUUAUGCCACUAUUAUGCUGCGUAUAGAGGCUGAAAUUGAAUUAAAGGAUGGCUCUUCAAGAACUGUUACUCUAAUGUUAAAGACAGCUCAUGAUAGUGAAAUCUUUCGACAAAUGAUGAAAACUAAUAAUAUUUUCGAUGUCGAAGCUACGAUGUAUCGUGAUAUAGUGCCAGAAUUAGAACAAAUGUAUAAAGAUGUUGGUGUGGAAGUUAGAUUUGGUGCCAAAUCCUACUUACUCGCCACCGAUCAACCUUAUAUACUAUUAGAGGAUUUGAAACCCAAAGGUUUUGAAAAUGUCAAUCGUUUGGAAGGUUUAGACAUGGAACAUACUCAUUCAGUGCUUAAAAAGCUGGCGCAAUGGCAUGCAGCUUCUGCACAUCGUGUCGCUUUAAAGGGUCCCUAUGAUAGAAGUAUUUGUGAAGGAUUUGUCAAAGAAGAAACUCGUGAAAUGGCGAAAACAAUGUUUGGAAGUAUGUAUAAGGUUCAUUUGGAUUGUGUUAAAUCCUAUGAUGGCCAUGAAUUAUACUAUGAACGUAUGUGUGAACAAGUAAAUGGCAGAACCGAUGAACUAUAUAAUGCCGGCAAAUUGGAUUUGAAUGAAUUUAAUGUUUUAAAUCAUGGUGAUUGUUGGUCCAAUAAUGUUAUGUUUAAGCAUGAUGCCUCGGGUCAAGUUAAUGAAACCUUUUUGGUGGAUUAUCAAAUACCACGUUAUGGAACUCCUGCACAAGAUUUAUACUAUUUUCUACUAUCGUCUACAAAAUAUGAAUUGAAAAUUAAAUACUUUGACUAUUUCAUUAAGUACUAUCACAAUGAACUAUUGAAACAUCUUAAGUUAUUGAAUUACUCCCAAAAGAUACCCACUCUUAAAGAUAUUCAUAUUAGUUUACAUAAACAUCAUCCAUGGGCUUUAUCUACUGUGAUUGGUGUUAUGGCCGCAGUACUUUUAGAUCCCAAUGAAAAUGCAAAUAUUGAUAAUUUUAUUGGUGAAGAUGAUGCUGGCAUGAAAUUAAAAAUCCAAAUGUAUUCAAAUGCUCGUUAUCGUAAACAUAGUGAACUGAUUUUACCUUGGCUAUACAAUCGUGGAGCUAUAUAGUGGAAUUAUUAAAUAUUUAUGAGUGUAAUUACUUUCGCCUAUGUAUACAAUGUAAUUUAUAGUAUGUGAUUGUACUCUAAUGCCAUUCAAUUGUAAUUACUUACCUAACAACAGACUUUUCAAUGACUA